CUACAAGACUAACAACAAUUUCCGCCCUACCAAGGAAAAACAAGACUUGCCAUCCAAUCUAGCCCAUCCCCAUCGCGGGAAUAGCAUAGAUGUCAUCAUAGCCUUGGAAAUUCUUCCAAUUUCGGCAACAUAUUUCCAGUCUUGGAGUAUAGGUAUCAAAUGGAGGUUCUUUUUGAUUCUGAAGAUCUCUAUCAGGUCAAAAGAAGAAAAAAAGAUCUCUAUCAGGUCGAGGAUGAGGUGCAUGAGCAACGUGAUCUACCAGUAACUUUACAAUUUCAAUGGUUUCAAAUGGAGGUUCAUUUCGAUUUUGAAGAUCUCUAUCAGGUCAAGGAUAAGAUCCUUGGUCAUAUAAGGCAUGAGCUACGUGAUGCAUCAGUAUUUGUAGAAACUCGCGGGUGCUGUAUUUCAAAGUUUGCUGACGAAGACAAUGCAUGGAUGGUAUGUGACAUAUUAUUGACAGUGCUUGGUCACUUUGGACCCUAUGUGCUACCUCCCUUUCAAGUGGAAGCAGAUUCUUCAUGGUAUACCGCCUUCGCAACGGAAGGUGCUCUUUUCAAACCAUCCAGAGAAAAACUCUAUAAAUCCUGUACACUUUACGAUGACGGACACGUCUUUUUCCCAUCUAAAUCCUAUAAAUGCAUCUUGAGGGACAUAAUUACAUCUGUUUGGCUUUUGAGGGAUACACAAUUGCGUUGUCGCUUAUCUCUGAAGAAUAUUUACAUAGUAGAGUAUGAUGGCACUUGCAUGCGGGAUCGUGCUACUUUUGCCAAGUUUUUGAGAUUUGACCUGCAAGAGCGUCUAAUUGUUGACACAGUUGAAGUGCUUGAAGAAUUGAAGAAACUUUUUGAGGAGAUCAAUAGCAAAUGCAAUGUUGAUGCUGGUUCAAAAGCUGAAUUUGACCUUUUUUUGAAGAAUUUCACUCUGGAUCAUCCAUUGAACAUGUAUAACAACAUUAUCUUUUGGAAAAAGUAUCAGCGCAUGAAUUUCAUUGAUUGCAUACUGGAACUUUCUCGGUCGGGAAAUAUUGUGAUCUAUGGCAAUGAGACUAAAGAUGCUUUUGAGGAGGAUUGGGAGUCUAAAUUGAGGAGUCAUCCUGAUAUUCCAUUAUUUCUCGAGCUCAAUAGGCAUAUUACUAAACCAAGCAGCUUUGAUGAUACAAAAGGGCUACCGGAUACCAGUAUGAAGAAAUGUAUUGAAACAAUUAGGGACUUGUACUUUAAUUUUGAACAUUUGAAACAACUAUCGGAGAAUAUGGGAGCCACACCCAAACUUCAAGACGCUGAGCAAGUCGUGGAUUACAUCUUCCCGUACCUCAUUGGUGCAUUAGCUGAACGAGCAUUUGCAAUGAAGUGGCCUUUGAAUACGUCUUUUCGACCAUGGAUAUCAUCGAGCCUCUUUUUUUUCCUCAAGGGCUCACCACUUCCUGUUUGAGCAUGUUCACUGUCCCAGAUUUUUAAUGUCAAAACAUUUAUCCUGCAGAGCAUUUUUGCCCGUUAUAUGUGCAUAUGAAUAUUGAGAGUGUAUGUUGUCUGUUGACUUUAUGUAUCUUGAGGUUGCUUAGUUGAUGAGCUGUUCACAUGCAUUGAUGGUUACUUAUGGUCUUUUCUUAAGACAAGUUAUUAAUGUUCUUUUCUUAAGACUAGUUAUUUGUGUUCAUAUACAUUGUUUUAUAA